AGGUUUAUCAUCCAUCCAUGACCAAACAUAUAAUUCUUGGACAAUCUUAUUUUCUAAGACAUUUAUAGAGUAAUUGUUGUUGUGUUGACCGGUAAAUAAAAGAAAAGUGCGUUUUGUAAUAUAUGAAUAAUUGUUUAUUUGUGAAUAAUAUUAAAUACUUCACCCACCUCGAAUAAAUAGUUGAUCGAAGAAUACAUGCAAUUUCAAAGAAAAUAAUAUCUUACAUAAUUUAGAACAAUGAUAAAAAGGAAAAUGAUGGAUUGGCGAUGGAUAUCACCAACAACAAUUACCACAACAUUGUCAUCUACUUCAACAAGGAAGUAUUCUUAUCAUAAAAUAAAUAAUUAUAUAAUUAUUUUCAUAAUUUAUACGAUAUUAUUAACGAGUAUUGGAUGCUCACCAACACGAAAACCUGUACACAAUUUUCAAAUAGAAAAUAUUGAGCCACAUAAACGAGAUGAAUUAAAGAAAUUAUUAAUAACAGUCUAUAGUAAGGAGGAUCAACAAUCAGACGACGAGAACGAAAUUCUAGUUAGCGAUUGGUCCGAACGGGAAAAACGAACUCUACCUUCGCCUGGUGAAAAUGAUAUUGAGGGUCAUCAUACUACGGAAAAAGGUAUAAGUCAUCAUCCUGCCCAUCCACAGCAUCACGCAACUACUGAAAGUCAUAUUGAAGUAUUAUUAAAGCCAGCUGAAAAAGAAGGGGGUGGUACUCCAGCUGGAUCAGAUUCGUCAGGCUUUUUAGCAGGAUUAAUAACAAGUGUUCUUGGUGGUUCAAGUUCUACAAGCAGUGGUGGUGGUGGGGAAGAAGCAGGUGGUGGAGGAAGUGCUGGAUUUUUCUCAAAAUUAAUUCAGAUUAAACUUGCAAUACUUCGAUCAGUAUUUUCAAUAGUUACUGGAUUAUUGAGUUCUUCUUCUAGAUGAAAUGUAGCUGUAGUAUAGAAUAAAAUGACCAAAAUAAAAACUUGAUACCAAAUUAUAAUAAAAUUUAAU